AUGAAUUCCUCCGACUUUGGAACCAACGAUUUCAUUUUGAUAAACUCAAACAACUCGCUGCAUGUCUGUUUCAAUAGUAGCACAUACCAUGGUUCGAGCCUUUGGUUGGAAAAUUCCGUGGAGAAAACACUACCCGAAUUUGUCCUGCAAUUUGCAAUUAUCCUAGCAGUCAACCGAUUUUUGCUCCUUGUUUCUGAACAAUGCCAUGUACCUCAUAUUGUUGCCAAUAUUUUUACGGGUUUUCUAUUUGGUCCAUCUGUUCUGGGACGUUGGAAUGCUUUUAUCAAAAACGCAUUUCCUUUCAGUAACAUGAUACCAUUUGAAACCGUGGGAGGGAUGGUCCUUGUUUACUACGUGUUCUUUGUAGGUCUAGAGAUAGACUUGAAACCAAUAACGGGAUUUCACAAGAAGGCCAUGGUUAUUGUCAUUUCCUGCACAAUCUUCACCUUACCAAUAGGGUUUGGCUUGUACUACAUGCUUGUCACCGACAUGUGGCGCAAACCUUUGCCCCUUGUCAAUGCUAGGCCAAAGGGUGCAAUAUUAUGGGGAAUUACCCUUUCUUGCAGCAGUGAGUUUCCUGAGAUUGCAAAGAUCCUUUCAGACCUUAAGCUUCUCCUCACAGAAAACGGACAACUGACUCUCACUGCUUCUCUCAUCAAUGACUUGUUUUCAUGGACUCUUCUUGUGUUAGCUCUAUCUAAUUUCUAUUAUGCUUCUGGGAUAUCUUUUUUCAUAACGAUCAUGCUUGUGUUGGUGUGUUUUGUGGUACUUCACCCCUUUUUCAAGUGGCUAUUCAACAAUGCGGGUACCCGGGAUCGUGAGUUCCUUGAGUCACAAGUUAUCUUUGUGUUGCAUAUAGUUUUGGUUAUUGGGUUGUUAACUGAUGGGUUGGGUAUGCAUUCCAUUAUUGGGGCUUUCUUUUUGGGUGUUGUGAUCCCUCAAGGUGCGCUUAACAACGCGGUGCAGGACAAGGCACAUGAUUUUGUGGCUUCGUUCAUGAUGCCUUUGUUCUUUGUGACUGUUGGAGAGAGAAUUAGGAUCCAAGACUUGGCCUUGGACACUCAUUUUACAACUAUGGUGGUGGUUGUUUUGUUGGCUUUUGUGGCGAAAAUUGUGUGCACUAUGGCGGUUUCUUGGUUCUGCCUGAUGCCAAACAUGGAAGGAUUAUCCCUUGCACUGAUCAUGAAUACUAAAGGAAUAAUGCCAUUGAUCGUUCUCAGCAUCGGCAGGGACAGACGCGAACUGGACAACCAAACCUAUGGGGUGAUGCUAGUAGCAUGCUGGCUAAUGACAAUCCUAGUGGGACCAGUCUCAUUCGCUUUAACAAAAGCCUUGAAAACAAGAAACAUUCUAGGAGGCAACCGCAGGAGCAUGCAAAACACACAACCAGACUCACCCCUUAGACUACUAGCUUGCAUCCACACAAAGCGCGAUGCCAACGUGAUUAUUGACCUAUUAAAAGCCUCGUGCCCCUCGGUGAGAACCCCAAUUCAAGUCCUGGCAGUGGAACUAAACAAAAUGAACACCCGCCCCACCGCAUCACUCAUCAUAAGGGAUGCCAAAAAACCAUCCUUCACCUCAAAAUCCCCGAAACUCGACACCGAAGAUACCCUCAACAGCUUCGACAACCUCAACCAAGCCAUCUUCACGGAGAAGAUGAGAAUAAUCUCAGACUACAACUCCAUGCACAAAGACAUCUUAAACCUUGCAAGGCGUAGAGGAGUGGCGCUUAUACUAACCACACUAUACAAGCAACCAACUUACGACGGUUUGGGAGCCGGUGCCGCCACCGCAAGAGCAGUUAACAUAAUUAACCGCGACCAAGCAAGCAAAGACGAGAAGAAAGUGGUGUUGGAGAACCUAGUUAGGGAUGCACCAUGCUGUGUGGCGAUAUUUGUGGAUAGGGGGUUGAGUGGUCAUAAUAAGGAGCAACAUGUGGCGAUGUUCUACAUCUCUGGUGCAGAUGACCGAGAAGCGCUCUCAUACGCGUGGAGAAUGAGUAGAAGGCAGGAGGUGAAGUUAACGGUGGUGAGGCUGGUUUGGGAGAACCCUAAUGACGAGUUCGACGAGAAGGACAAGGAGUUCAUAAGGGGGUUUGUGGGGCAAACGAGGGAGAUGGGUAGGGUUAGGUAUUUGGAGAAGAAGGUGAGGGAUGAGAAGGAGACGGUGAAGGUGCUGGAUAAGAUAGGGAAUAAAGGGUUUGAUUUGUAUGUGGUGGGGAGAGGGCAUGGGAGGAAGAUGUCGCUGGCGCAGACGCUGGAUCCGGUGUUGGAGGAGCCUGCGUUGGGGCCUCUUGGCGAUGCUUUGACCGAUUUGAACUCUGCGGCUCAAACAUCUAUUUUGAUUUUCCAGAGACAGGCUCCGCUUGUUCAUGGGAACCAUGUCAGGUCUGCUUCGUCUGUUGCUUAUGACAAAGUGUUUGAUGCCAUGGUGGAGCAGCAACUACUAUGCCAUUCAACCAAGUUUCCAAUGCUUUUAAGUCAUUAUGCUUGAAUGUUUUCUCAUGGAUCUAGAUCCUCUUAAUUGGACUAGGAUCUCGUUGGAGUGUGCACAUUCAAUGAUUUAAUUUCCAUCCAGACAAAUUAAUCCUU